CCCAACAUAAGCUUCUCGAUCCAGCCGAGGAUGUGGGCCCCGUCGGCGAGGCUCUCCGCUCCGGGCGCGCUAUUUACGUGUCUGCCGAUCUCCGCAAGAGAGACGAAGUCGUUAAAGCAUUUGAAGGAGCAGAGGUUGUCUUCCACAUGGCUGCUCCUGAUUCAUCCAUCAAUAACUAUCAGCUUCAUUAUUCAGUCAACGUAGAAGGAACAAAAAAUGUUAUCGAUGCUUGCAUAGAAUGUAAAGUCAAAAGGCUUAUUUACACAAGUUCGCCUAGUGUCGUCUUUGAUGGUGUUCAUGGAAUUUUUGAUGGAAUGGAAACAAUGUCUUACCCAGAGAAGUUCAAUGAUUCUUAUUCGGAGACUAAAGCAGAAGGUGAAAAGUUGGUAUUAAAGGCAAAUGGUAAAGAUGGACUCCUCACUUGUUGCAUUCGUCCUAGUAGUAUAUUUGGUCCUGGCGAUAGGCUUUUGGUACCGUCACUGGCUUCUGCUGCAAAGGCUGGGAAAUCUAAGUACAUUAUUGGUGAUGGCAACAAUUUGUAUGACUUCACAUAUGUGGAAAAUGUGGCAUAUGGCCAUGUCUGUGCAGAGCGAACUCUAGCAGCUGGUGGCCCUCGUGCAGAGAAAGCAGCUGGACAGGCUUAUUUCAUUACAAAUAAUGAACCGAUAAAGUUUUGGGAGUUUGUCUCACUUAUUGUUGAAGGCCUUGGAUAUGAAAGGCCAAGCAUACACAUUCCAGUCUCUGUUAUGAUGCCUAUAGCCCAUUUAGUAGAGCUAACCUAUAAGGUCUUCUCUCGAUAUGGGAUGCGUGUGCCCCAGCUAACACCUUCCAGAAUUAGACUUCUCUCAUGUAACAGAACUUUCAGUUGUACUAAAGCCAGGGUUCAGCUAGAUUAUGAACCUAUUGUACCACUCAAGGAAGGUCUGAAGAGGACAAUUGAUUCGUACUCACACUUGAGAGCUGUCCCUCGAAGUGGCACAUCUAAAGCUUCUGUCAUUCUUGGGAGUGGAAAAGUUGCCAAUACGCUCCUCUGGAAAGAUAAAAAACAAACAUUUACCGUUUUGCUACUUGUAGCUACUCUAUAUUAUUACCUGUUUGCAUCUGGAUAUACCUUCAUCACAGCAAUGGCAAAGCUUAUCUCACUGGCUGCAAUGUUCUUGUUCGUUCACAGUGUGCUGCCUAAUGAAAUAUUUGGCAUCAAAUUUGAGAAGGUACCGCCUUCAUAUUUUCACUUAUCAGAAGGCAAGGCUCACCAUCUUGCUUACUCGGUAACUUCUUCAUGGAAUUCCACAAUUGAUGUACUAAAAUCUCUUUGCAAGGGGAAAGACUGGCCACUGUUUCUUAAGGUGGUGGUCAUUCUAUUGUUUCUCAACCUUCUUGGAGCCGUGUCUCUACAAAGCAUAUUUAAAAUAGGUGUUCCGCUACUUUUCUUUGGCUUUGUUGCUUAUGAGAAAUGGGAGGAUGAAAUUGAUGGACUAUCCAGUAAAGCUUCCUCACGGUUUAUGAAGCUGAAAUCUAGUGCCAUUCAGAAAUUCUCAAAGCAUUAAGUACCUACAACAGCACUAAUAUCAUGUAUAAUAGAUUACAUGUGUUGCUUAGACGCUAUGAGGGUGAAUGUUAGAUUUCAAGAUUACAUAUUUGCUGAUUAGCCUUUGAUGGUGAAUUUGUUAAGGUACUCCCACUCGGUAUUGUUGAACUAAUUGGAGCAAAUAUCAGUUUUGUUGUACUUUUACUACUGUUUGUAUCAAUAUUCAAGUUCCUGUUAUCUCCCUUA